CGGAUCCUGGUCCCGCCCCCUCCACCAGGCUUCCUUCUGCAACAGGCGUGGGUCACGCUCUCGCUCGCUCUCUUUCUGCCGCCAUCUUGGUUCCGCGUUCCCCGCGCAAGAUGCCUGGUGAAGCCACAGAAACCGUCCCUGCUACAGAGCAGGAGUUGCCACAGCCCCAGGCUGAGACAGCUAUGCUUCCUGUGUCUUCAGCCUUGAAUGUCACUGCUGCCUUAGGGCAGCCUGAAUCUACCCUUCCCCCUUCUUGUUCCCUGGCUCCCCAACAAUGCCCUCUGGCAACCCCUAACCAGCCUUCCCCAUUUCUUUCUCCCUCUAGUGUUGCUUCAACCCCUUUUGAAGCUCCUUUUCCCCAGUCAUCCUCUGGGACAGCCCUGCCUUUGGGAGUUGUCCCUUCCCCCACUGACACCCCAGCUUUCCUGCCAAACCUACUAGGGCCUCCCAUCUCCCCAGCUGCCUUAGCUCUGGCCUCUCCCAUGAUAACUCCAACUCUGAAAGGCGCCCAUUCUUCUUCAGCUCCCUUGGCUCUGGUGGCCUUGGCUCCCCACUCAGUUCAGAAGAACUCUGCUCAUCCACUUAACCCUCUUAGUUCACCUCCUUCGAUUGCUGUGACUAAGUCAGGGUCAGUGACCUCCCUGUCAUCUCCCAUUGCUUCCUCAGAACCAAAGUCCUCUCCUAUUCAAGACUCCUUACAAGUAGACCCUCGAAAAAUUACCCCCGUCCCUCCAAGUAUAGUCAGUGCUGUUCCUGCCCAUGUUGGAACUCCCUUGGCCUCUGUUCAGUCUGGAGUAGCCUCAUGUCCUCAGAUGCCACCCACCACUCCCCUAGCCAUCACUCCCCCUCAGUUCAGAGACAUCCCUGUUUCCUCAGCUCUGACUUCUCAACAAAACAAGGAAAGCCUCAGCCUAAAGGGACCCCAUAGUUCACCUGCUGCCUUAUCUGUUUCAACCCAGUCUAUUUCUGUGUCUCCCAACAUCUCUCCAGUUUUUCUCCCUUCUCUAGGCUCUCACCCUGCACCUUUACAUCAGAGUUCUCUUGGUUCUCCUAUUCAGCCCUUAGGUCAAACAGGCCAUAAUGUUCUGUCAGAUGCUAUACUGGAUGCCACUUCUGCAGAUCAUUCUUCCACAGGGACCUCUUACCCUUCUCAGAGAUCUGUAAUUCCUCCCCCUCCUUCCAAAAAUGAGGUGACUUCUGCUGCUGUGGCUGCUUUUCCAGCAGGGACUCGAGAUUCCCCUUUGACUCUUUCUGUUGACAAAGAUCCCUCUGCUGUCACUGGCAUAGCCUCCUACAACCCCUCUGGUUCAUUAAAUGUAGCUACCUCUUCUCCAUUAUCUCCUACAGCCUCUCUCAUUCUCAAAGGUUCUCCUGAUGCCACUCAUCAUCAGCCUUUGGUGGCCCAAAUUCCUGCUUCUCCAGAGAGUCCAAGCUUGAAAGAAGCUCCUGUUUGUUCUGUUGGAACCACCCCAUUUGUUAUGACUAACCCCUCUACAGUUUCUGCAGCACCUACUACCUUUGAGAUAGCUACUUGUGUCUCUCCUCCAGUUUCAUCAGGUCCCAUAAGUAGUAAGGACUCCACUUCCCAUACUGCCCUUGUUAUGACUCCUGUGGCUCCCAAAGAGCUUCCUGCUCCUCAAGUAACAACCCCUCUGGGAAUACCAGUCUCUCCUCCUCUGCCAGCCCCUGAGAACUCCAAAAGUCUCCCUGCAUCAGUAUUGGUAAAGUUACCAACACAGAAAGAUCUCCAGACUUCACCUGCCUCUGUUGCUGGAGCCCCUGUUUCACCAGUCCAGGCAGGACUCCCUAUCAAGAAAGACCCUACUCUAAUACCAUUGGCCUUGGCAGCCCCUGAAAAUCCCCCCUCUUCCCAAAGUACAUCAUCAUCAUUGGAGAUCCCUCUUUCCCCUGAAACCACCUUAGCAAAGAAAAGCCUUGUAGAGCCUCUCCCUCUAGUUAUGCCAGUCAAUACUACUCCCUCUCCUCUGGGUGUUAACUCUCCAACCUCUGUAAUCAAGACAGAUCCUUAUGCAAGCCCAGACCCCACGAGUCUGCUUCCCAGAAGUUCUCUCCCUACCCCAACCAUGGCUACAUUUUCUGCUGCCACUGCUGGGGUGGCUCCUACCACUAUAGCCAGCCCUUUCCUAGGAGCUGUCUCUUUGGCUAAUAAAAGCCACCCAGAUAAGGAGGUUAGUUCCACUCUUACUAUUUUACCUUUGGUUCCACCAGCCUCCGAAAGUUGCCCUGUGGCUCCAACUGUGACUUUACCCCCCCAGAAUGUUUCUGCUUUUCCAGCUGCCAUGGCACUGGCCCCCGAAAUUCCCAAGUCUGAGCCCUUUCCCUCUCUUCCUCCUCAAGGUGCAAAGAAAGUUCAUGGUAUUUCUCAUACCUCGGCAUUGGAACCUGUGGCUUCCUCUCCUGAAGGGCACCCAACCAAGGACUCUGGUUCUUCUGUUAAUACAUCUUCUCAAGGAACUUCCCUAGCUGACUCCACAUCUCGUUUAGGGACUAGUGUGUCUCCCCAAACUAAAAGACGUCCAACCAAGAAGGGUUCAACUACUUCUACCUUAACUCUUUCUAAAAGUGUACCUGCUAUCCCUGAUACUCCUCCUGGAAAUCACUCAUCCCCUAUUUCUCCAGUUGAAGCUUCCUUUCUUCCAGAGGCCAAUCUUUCUUUUCAAGUCCCUAAAGGGUCACUGGCCAAGAAGCAUUCCCCUACUCCAUCCCCCAAAGAGGCCCCAGAUACCCCAUCUCCCAAAGAGGCCUCCACUCCCCCAGCUGUGGCUCCUCCCUCCCCCAAAAAGUCCCAAGCAGCUCCAUCCCCCAAGAGAGCCCCAGCUACUCCAUCUCCCAAAGGAACCUCCACUGCCCCAGCUGUGGCUCCCCCUGCCCCCAAAGGGGGCCCAACAACUCUAUCCCCUAAAGAGACAUCCACUCCAGCAGUGAAUCCUUCCUGCCCCAAAGGGGCUCCCACCCCCCAGGCCAUAGCUCCUCCCUCCCCCAAAGGGGACCCAGCAACCCCAUCCCCUAAAGAGCCUUCCACUCCUCCAUCUAUGACUCCUUCCUCCCCCAAAGAGUCCCCAGCUACCCAACUUCCCAGAGGGGCCCCUACCCCAGAAACUGUGGCUCCUGCCUCUCCCAAAGAGUCCCAAGCAACUCCAGCCCCCAAAAGAGCCCCAGCUGUGGCUCCUCCAGCCCCCAAAAAGUCCCAAGCAACUCCAGCCCCCAAAAGAACCCCAGCUACUCCAUCUCCCAAAGGGGCCUCCACUGCCCCAGCUGUGGCUCCUGCCUCCCCGAAAGGGGGCCCAGCAAUUCCAUCCCCUAAAGAAACCUCCACUCCCCCAGCUAUGACUCCUUCCUCCCCCAGAGAAUCCCCAGCUACCCAACCUCCCAACGGAGCUCCCACUACCCCAGCUGUGGCUCCUGCCUCUCCCAAAGAGUCCCAAGCAACUCCAGCCCCCAAAGGGGGCCCAGCAACCCCAUCCUCUAAAGAGACCUCCACUCCACCAGCUAGGACUCCUCCCUCCCCCAAAGGGGGCCCAGCAACCCCAUCCUUUAAAGAGACCUCCACUCCACCAGCUAGGACUCCUCCCUCCCCCAAAGGGGGCCCAGCAACCCCAUCCUCUAAAGAGACCUCCACUCCACCAGCUAGGACUCCUUCCUCCCCCAAAGCUGCCCAACCUCCCAGAGAGGCCCCCACCCCUCAAGCUGUGGCUCCUGUCUCUUCCAAAGAGUCCCAAGCAACUCCAGCCCCCAAAAGAGCCCCAGCUUCCCCACUUCCUAAAGGGACCCCCUUUGUCCCAGCUGUGGCUCCUCCCUCCCCCAAAAAGUCCCAAGCAACUCCAGCCCCCAAAAAAGCCCCAGCAACUUCGUCUCCCAAAGGGUCCCCUAAUGCCCCAGCUGUAGCUCUUCCCUCCCCCAAAGAGUCCUCAGCUACCCAACCUCCCAAAGGAGCCCCCACUCCCCCAACUGUGGCUCCUCCCUCCCCGAAAGGAGGACCAGCGAUUGUAUCCCCUAAAGAGACCCCCACUUCCCCAAUAAUGACUCCUCCCUCCCCCAAAGGGGCCUCAGCUGCCUCAUCUCUCAAAGGGACCCUUACUCCCUCAGCUGUGACUCCUUCCUCCCACAAAGAGUCUCCAGAAACUCCAGCCCCCAAGGGGGCCCCAACAACCCCACCUCCCAAGCGGGCCUCCACUCCCCCAGCUGUGACUCCUUCCUCCCCCAAAGAGUCUCUAGCUACCCCAUCCUCCAGAGGGACCUCAGCAACUCCAUCUCCCAAAAGAGCCCCAGGGACUCCAUCCUCCAAAGGAACCUCAGCAGCUUCAUCCCCCAAAAGAGCACCAGCUACCCCAUCCUCCACAGGUGCCCCCACUCCCUCAUCUGAGAUUUCUCCCUCACCCAAAGAGGCCCCUAUAUCUCCAGUUUCAGUUACUUGUCCCUUGGGGUCCACUGCCCCUCAGGCAUCUAAAGGCCUACCAAUAAUGAAAGGUCCCACAGCUCUCAAACCAGUACUUGUUGCCCCAGCUCCAGAAAGUGCACCAGUUGUCACAGUUCCCUCUGAGAAAGAUCCACUGGCCAAGAAGAGUUCUGCUACUCCUGUGUGCCCCGAUCCCUCAGCCAAGAAUGGUACUAAAGGACCCCUUUCUACAAUGGCUCCAGCCCCUCUACUGACAGUCUCUGCUCAGAAAGCCUCUUCUCCAAAGACUCCCAAAACCCUUCCUGUUUCUCCGUUAAAAGGCAAAGAUUCUUUUCAUUCCCCAAAGAGCCCCUUGGCUCUUGCUCCUGAGUCUGUGACCUCUACCCCUCUAGCAACAGCUUCCUCUGAGAAGGUCCUUCCUAAUGCUGGAUCAGCAUCUGUCUCUCCAGCACCCACCCCACCAGUCUCUCUGCCUCUCCCUCCCUCCCCAGUUCCCCCUCUGCUUCCUAAACAGCAAUUUCUGCCGUCCUCACCUGGGCUGGUGCUGGAAUCACCCUGUAAGCCCUCAGCCCCUGCUGAUGAGGAUGAGCUGCCGCCUCUGAUUCCCCCGGAACCAAUCUCGGGGGGAGUGCCUUUCCAGUCGGUCCUCGUCAACAUGCCCACCCCUAAACCUGCUGGGAUCCCUGCCCCAACCCCCUCUGCCAAGCAGCCUGUUCUGAAGAACAACAAGGGGUCUGGAACAGAAUCGGACAGUGAUGAAUCAGUACCAGAGCUUGAGGAACAGGAUUCCACACAGGCAACCACCCAACAAGCCCAGCUGGCAGCAGCAGCUGAAAUCGAUGAAGAACCAGUCAGUAAAGCAAAACAGAGCCGGAGUGAAAAGAAGGCACGGAAGGCUAUGUCCAAACUAGGUCUUCGACAGGUUACAGGGGUUACAAGAGUCACUAUCCGGAAAUCUAAGAAUAUUCUCUUUGUCAUCACAAAACCAGAUGUCUACAAGAGCCCAGCUUCAGAUACCUACAUAGUUUUUGGGGAAGCCAAGAUCGAGGAUUUAUCUCAGCAGGCACAACUAGCAGCUGCUGAGAAAUUCAAAGUUCAAGGUGAAGCUGUCUCAAACAUUCAAGAAAACACACAGACUCCAACUGUACAAGAAGAGAGUGAAGAGGAAGAGGUUGAUGAAACAGGUGUAGAGGUUAAGGACAUAGAACUGGUCAUGUCGCAAGCAAAUGUAUCAAGAGCAAAGGCAGUUCGAGCCCUGAAGAACAACAGUAAUGAUAUUGUAAAUGCUAUUAUGGAAUUAACAAUGUAACCGUCUGAAAACGAGGACCCUUUUUUGGUGUUUCAAAAGAAUAACUGCAGCUUGGUUUGAAAUUUGUACUGUUUCUAUCAUUAAUAAAGUUAUGGCUUCUUGUUGGAUGAACUCA